AUGGAAAGUAACAACGCGUUCCCUUUCACAGAACUUGUCCUGACGCUGGAACAGCAGGUGUUUGGAGUGGACAUACUUGUUCAUCAUCUGGUCAGCCUGAUCACCGGGUCCCAGGCAGUGUUUGUAGGGGCCAUGCCCUGGCAUAUGAACCUGGGAAUUAUGAUGGAGCUAUCCAACCCCUUCCAAACUAUCAGGGUCGUCCUGCUUGAACUCGGGCAAAAAACGUCCCAAGCCUACGUCAUCAACGGCCUCUGCUUCGUGACGGUGUUCUUCCUGUGCAGAAUCGCCACCAUCCCUCUGUACUGGUACUACACCCUUCCCGUGAUCCUCUCGGGUAGAAUGUUCAAGUUCGACUGGCUCACCAUCGUUGGUGCACUCGGCACGCACACCGUGUUUGAGCUGAUGAGCGUUUAUUGGUUUGGAAAAAUGGUUCGAAGUGUCUUAAAGCUUGUCCGCGGUGAGAAAAGGAAAGAGUCUUAA